AUGCCCUACACUAACAGCAGCUCUGACGGCUGGCGAGGGAGGGGAGGCAGAGGUGGCGGUGGUAGAGGAGGGGGCAGAGGGUCAUACAGAGGGAGAGAAGGGAGGGGAAGGGGAGGCGGAGGAUGGAACAACGACCGGUCCAGUUUCUACGAGGGUCGAAAUCAGCAACAAUCUUCCUCCUCCAACGUCGAGUCAUCUCCUCCUCGAGCGAACAACGGUGGCGGGGGCGGAAGGAUGAGAGGCAGAGGAAUUAGGUGGGGAGAGCCACACUUCCUGCCUCCCGACGAAGAUCGCGAAGAAGGUGGAACGGGGGCGGGAGGCGAUGAUAAUGAGGAUGUGCCGGAGGAAGGAAACGGUGAUGUGAGAAAGUGGGAUGAGCGAAGGGUACUCUCCAUACACUCCCCCUCCGGGUACAACUUCGCCGCCGCCUUCUGGGAUCCCGAGCAGCACAAAAUACUCGUUGUGGAGGAUACGAAGGAUACCACGGGAUGGGACUUGGCUUCUCUGGUGAUGGAGCAGACCUCUCCCGAGAUGAUCAUCAUGAGCAGCGCAGCGCACUACAGUCUCAUCGAUAUUGUCCGAGCGUAUUGCGAAGAAAACAAGGUGACCCUGUCCCUUCAAGUCCGUCAAUCCUACAACCUCGCCUCUGCAACGCACGCCCUCUCUCAAGCUCGUCUUCCGGAUGCUUCUGCCCCGGUUCACGAGGAUGAAGAGGAAAGCGUACACCCCUCGAGCGACGCAAACUCCUCGGCGAUCUAUGCGGCUCAAGCGAGGAGGAGGGAGGAGGUUGGGACAGCGGGAAUGGGGAGGAUCCGGCUGUCUAUGGUGAAGCUGGGAGCGUGGGUCAACGUGGACGCGCCAGCUGCGGUAUGCGCAUCCGGGGGCCUCCUGACUUAUCUUCAGAAGCUCAAGGCCGGGAGCGUCGCUAUUGAGUCGGGCCCAGGCGUGGAGCUGGACGGUAUCGAGAGCUUGUCCCUGGACCAGCACAUGCUCAUUAAUCAAGACGCUCUCAACUCCCUCGCUGUCUUUGAUACGGAAAGCCAUGCGUACUCCUAUAGUACCCAGAAGAAGACUGCCAUCUCCCUCUUCGGCCUCCUCAACACCUGCGUCACUCCCUCCGGCAAACGGCUUCUCCAUACCUGGCACCUUCGCCCCCUCCUCUCUCUUCCCGUCAUCCGCGCUCGACAUGCCGCCGUCUCCUUCUUUUCUUACAUCGAUAAUCAGCAUACGGCCGAUAUCUCCCGGACGCACCUCAAGAAGUUUGGGAAUGUGAAUCGGGUGAUGAACCUGCUCAGAAGGGGAAGGGGACAAGUGGCGCAUUGGAAGAUACUGGCAGAUUCCCUCACGGCGUGUAUGAUGGUCAGGGACCAGAUAGUCGGGAUGCUCAAGACCUACAACGUCGAUAUCGUCAAGAAGGUGAUCGAGGGCGUGGACCAACAGCUGUACGAGUUUGUCCACAAUGUUACUUCGGUCAAAGAUGGAGCUCUCGCUGAUCUGCUGAUCGAUUGGGAUGCCUCGCGCGACCGAGGCCGAACAUGCGUCAAGACCGGUAUCGAUGGUCUGCUCGACCAGUACCGUGAACAAUUUGCUCAGCUCAAUAGUCAGCUUGACGCCAUCUCGCAGCGUAUCGUUCAGACGGUCGAUCCGUCCUUCUGCGACACCCUUGUCGUCAAGUACAUCCCGCAAUUGGGAUUCUUCCUGGUCGUGGAGCUGCUCAGGCAUGACCUCCCUGCUCCACCAGGAUGGGAGAUCACGUUUGACGCUGAGGGCCUUCACUACUUCAAGAAUGAGCAGAUGCACCAUCUGGACGAGCACUUUGGGGAUCUGGAGAACUGUAUUGCGGACCGCGAGAUCGAGAUCAUCCAGCAACUCGUUGAGAGCGUCCGGACCGUCGAUGAGCGUAUCAUGGCCGUCAACGACAUCAUCGCCGAGCUGGACUGUCUUCUAGCCCUCGCAUUCGCUGCGGUCCAGUAUGAUCUCCGAUGCCCGACCAUGACGGACGAGCCGGUCCUGCACAUCCAGAAUGGACGACACUUUCUGCAGGAGUUGACCGUGCAGCAGUAUAUCUGCAAUGAUACGAUGAUGCAGGGCGGUCAGGAUGGGGAGUACUGCAGUAUGAUGGUGGUGACUGGUGCCAAUGGGUCCGGCAAAUCAGCAUACGGCAAGCAAGUAGCUCUUAUCGCGUUCAUGGCGCAGAUUGGCAGCUUUGUACCGGCGGAGACAGCAGAGAUCGGAGUGUGCGAUCGAAUCUAUACCCGCUUGCAGACCAAGGAGUCCGUCUCAAGGACUGGAUCGGCAUUCAUGAUCGACCUGUCGCAGGUCUCGCAUGCGCUCAGAGGUGCGACCGAGCGGUCUCUGAUCAUCCUGGACGAAUUCGGAAAGGGAACGACAUCAGCGGAUGGAGCCGGUCUGCUGGCAGGUGUCAUCGACCACCUGAUUCACGGCGCUAGGCCCAGGACUAUCGUCCUGACGCACUUCCACGAGCUUUUUACGCAGCAAUUCCUCGAGCCGGAGCUGCCUAUUCUGUUCUGCCACAUGCGGACCCUGAUCCAGGAUGGAGCAGAGGAGUUAACCUACCUCUUCAAACUCGUCCCUUCGCUCAGUACAACCUCGAAUGCUGCCGAAUGCGCCAUCAUGCAUGGCGUACCGGCGCACGUUGUCAAUAGAGCCAGAGAAGUCACCCGCUGCAUCUCCACCUUCCAGCUCGCCUCGCUCCUGGACCAAGAGCUGACCGGGGAAGAGCUGAAGGAGCUCACGCAAGCCGAGGAGCUCGCCAAGCUGUUUCUGGAGUGGGAGAUCGAUGAAGGGGAGGAUGAUGUCCAGGGGCGGAUCCAGGAGAUAUUGUAUCAGGUGGAGGGGCCGGGCGAGGGAGAUGAGAGUGGGGAACUUGGGAGUGAGGGGCAGGGAGAGAAGGGAGAGGCGAGGAUGAAGUUGGAGGAGGCGGAAGAGCUGGGUGAUGGCGGUAUGGAGGAGUAA